CUUCAAGUUUUUUCCAGCUUUUUCUUGAAACAUGAGCGAAGAACAUCAAGAAGCUCCUGCUAGUGAGGAGGGGCCAGUCCCAGUCCUGAGAUGGGACUUAGGUUUAUUCGAACAGAUCGUUCGAAGUUUUAGGUUUCCACCGGAGUGGGAUGCCCGGUACCCUGCUCAGGGUCAGACCGCGGCUGAUGCCCCACCCGGUUACAUUACUUUGUUCGAAGACUUCUUCCUUCAAGGAAACUUCCGGCUGCCGGCGACUAACUUCUUUGGUAGCAUAUUGUCCUACUACAAGUUUCAUAUCUCACAGUUAAGCCCACCUGGGAUGGUGAGGGUGAGGCACUUUGAGUUCUUGUGUCAAUCCCACGGCAUUGAGCCGACGGUGAAUAAGUUUCGUGUCUUCUAUCAACUGCAAAGAACAAUGGGGUUCUUUUCUUUUGCUAGCCGUGGUACGGCUAAGAAGAUUUUGUUGAAUCCUCCCAAGAGUUUCCAUGACUGGAAACCCAAGUUCUUCUUCAUCCGGGAGGAAGUCUUGCCAAUAGCUAUGCCGUUUAGGGAAUGGACCGAGGUUAUACCAAAGGAGGACCUUCCUAUACCGAAGUCUGCUCAGUGGUAUCAGCGGCUUACCGCAACCCCUAACCGGGUAUUUGGGGAGAAUGUUCUGGUUGCUGCCAAGAUGAGUGACCAGUGGUCACCUAGUAGCAGGGAACUCCCGGUCUUGAAGAUCGGGGAUCAAGAGACGCAACUCUAUCAGGCUGCCUUCCCAGCCUUUGGUGGCUCCAUGGGCGUUCGCCCUCUGCGCGAUGAAUGA